CUUCAACAAGUAAACAAUAUUCGCAGUUAUGUUGUCAUGGGAGUCGGGGAAAUCGCGUUAUUUUCUUGUGAUUUGGGACGUUUAAAGACUCUCCGAGAUGUUACCUUAGUGAUUAAAGGAAGGAGGAAGGUGUUAGUGUAAACGAGGACGAGUCUUUAUCUUCUAAGAGGAAUGCUAGCAUAUGAUAACAAUGGGAGGCCCGCGACGUGAUCCUUGAGCAGGAAGACUGCACAACUGCACAUCAAGAGGAAAACACACUAAACAAGACAGCAGUUUCUAAAGACCUCGGACCUUUCUUUCUUCUCCUUUCUAACUUCCAUUUUCCUUCUUUUCUCUUUCUUUCUCUCCUUCUGUAGCCCCCCCGCUAUAGCCAUCAUGGAUGCCACACUGGUUGUCAGGGAGCCUCUCACCCUGGCUAUGACGCUGCUCUACCUCGCCCUUUUCUUCUACAUCUACGUGCAGCUCAUUCUUGUUCUCGUCUAUGGCCAUAAGAGAUG